AAACAUGAAUCCAGAAUGCAGAGACUUAAGUUCUUGAUGAACCGAAUUUCAUGUUAUUCUAUCUAGCACUUGUCUUUCAAUGAAAAUAAUCCAUCAAAAUCAAUUAAAAUAAGUAAGAAUCUGUGCUGAUGAGUGGACCCAAUAUUUAAUUCAAAUCCACUUGUCCAUUCCCACUAACUCUUACACAUCACUCUCUUAUUAGUGCAUAAUGCAGUCCAUUUCAUAUAUCUUGUUGUUAUUUAUCAAAUAGAAAAAGUAUCCAUUAAACAAUUUCAAUCAUGUUUUUUUCAAUGGAAGAUACAAACAAACGAACCAUAAUUCGUCAACAAUUUUUUCAGUGGAGUUUAUAAUCCAGCUAAAUGCAAAGCAGUUCCUCACUCUAGCUGGUCAAGUCGAAUAUAAACUCUGAUACAAAACAUGUAUUCAACAAUUUCAUGCAAAAUGAAUCACUUGCAUAAUGUAACUAAUGUUUAUUGCUCACAUCUUUCACUCUUCCAUGUUAGAAAACCUCCAAUAUACGUGCCAUGCGCGACCAACGUUUCUUCUAAAUUCUCGACUCGCUUAGAGUACAGGAGUUCCAAGCUACCUCUCAUAUGUGCAUCGCUGAACUCUUCGGAUUCCUUGCUUCCCGAUACAAUCCCUCAGAUAAUGAAGCAAAAAUCAAUGUUCAUUUUGGAGAUUCUUAAGCAAGCAAAUUCACUUCUACCUUACGUAGUCUUUUCAAGUACACUUUUAGCUCUAAUCUUCCCGCAUACUUUUACGUGGUUUACCAGCAGAUACUAUGCUCCUGCAUUAGGAUUUUUGAUGUUUGCAGUUGGAGUGAAUUCAAGUGAAAAGGACUUCCUGGAAGCAUUUAACAGGCCAGCAGAACUUUUCACUGCUUAUUUUGGUCAAUUUGUGGUGAAACCUCUUCUUGGUUAUCUUCUUUGCAUAAUUUCAGUAAACGUAUUUGGUCUACCGACGGCAAUAGGCGCGGGGAUCGUAUUGCUGGCUUGUGUUAGCGGAGCGCAGCUCUCAAGUUACGCUACUUUUCUAUCCGACCCGCAAAUGGCGCCAUUAAGCAUAGUUAUGACAUCGUUGUCAACUAUUUCUGCGGUUUUUGUCACACCACUCUUACUAUUGUUACUCAUUGGGAAGAAACUUCCUAUAGAUGUAAAAGGAAUGGUGUUUAGUAUUACACAGGUUGUGCUUGUUCCUAUUACAUUGGGUUUACUUCUAAAUCGAUUCUUUCCUCGUAUUUGUAAUGCUAUUCGACCGUUUUUGCCUCCACUAUCGGUAUUGAUAGCAGCUCUCUCCGCAGGAGCACCACUUGCUCUUAAUAUUGAAUCAGUUAAAUCCUCCUUUGGUUUUGCUAUCUUUUUGCUCGCUGUUGCUUUUCAUUUGUCAUCUUUUGUAGCUGGUUAUAUUCUUAGCGGAUUUGUAUUUCGUGAUUCUCCUGAUGCGAAGCCAUUGCAGAGAACAAUUUCCUUCGAGACAGGAAUGCAAAGUAGCCUCCUUGCCCUGGCUCUUGCAAAUAAAUUCUUUGAAGAUCCAGUUGUUGGAAUGCCUUCUGCAGUUUCUUCUCCGCUUAUGUCUUUGAUGGGUUUUUCUCUUGUUCUGAUUUGGUCAAAAAUAAAGAGCAAGUCAGAACUUAGCAGCUGAAGAAAAUAUUGAUACAGGGGUACAUGAAUUGGUUCAUCUCUUGUGUGUUUUAAAUAACAUGAAUUGACAGGGCAAAUAAAUUCAGCUUAAGUUGUUUUAAAUAACAUGAAUUGAUUCUUAGCUACAUGAAUUGGUUCAUCUCUUGUGGUUGAUUUGGCAUGAGAGAAAUGAACCUAUGAUAAGUUGCAGAUAGUAAACUUCGUUUUUCCAAUACAUUGUAAUGGAAUCUAACAUACGAUUAAAUUAGAAAAAAAUGAUUUUCUUCCUACA